AUGGAUGAAAUUAAAACUAUGCCCCUAAAUAUUCAAGAAGAAAUAAGGCAACAAAUGGUGGAAAUGCUAAAUAUAAAAGAAGGUAUCAAGAACACCAGUAACAUCAACGAGAAGUUCAAAAGCUUAGAAAAUAAAAAUUUACUUAUGGAACAAAAACUAAACACAAAAAAGGCGAUAGAUAUAGAUAGACCUACCAAGAUU